AUGAGAAAAGCCAAAUACUACGUUAUUAUUUCUAUUGUGAUCUUAUGUUGGUGGUUAUAUCACAUCAAAACACCGCUGAACAUCACAGAUGAAGCUUUGUUGGAUGCUCCCAUCAGAAGGUUACCUCAGGUGCUGAUAAUUGGGGUGAGGAAGGGAGGAACCAGAGCUCUCAUUAAUUCGCUAGCACUGCAUUCCCAAAUAAAGCCAGCCAAGAAAGAAGUCCACUUCUUUGAUGAUGACAGUCUCUAUCAACUGGGACUGGACUGGUAUCGCGCGCAGAUGCCCAGGACUACCAAAAGCCAAGUAAGAAAGAACUGGACAAUACGUCGCUGCAAAAUGUCCUUGAAAUUUUCUGCGCCUCUGCACUGUGCAUGAACCGGAAAACACAUUUUGCACCGUGCAUGCGGCCCAAAAAGAGCUUUUGCACAGUGAAAUUUUGUUUUUUUGCCCAACGUCGCGCGCGAUUCCCAUAUUUCGCAGCGACAAAUCAACUUUUCGGAGUGCGACGGCGUUUGGGGGCCACAAAAAAUUCGAAGGACUUUUUGCCGAUACAUGUAUAACUUUUAAUAACUUUUCUUCUCAGUUGACUAUCGAAAAGACACCGGCUUAUUUCCCUUCAUCCGAUACCCCUAGACGGGUAUUCGAAAUGAAUCCGCACAUCAAAUUAAUUCUCAUCAUCAGACAUCCCAUAGCCCGUAUCAUCAGUGAUUUUUCGCAAGUAAGUCGUAAUAACCAUCUAAAAUAUUGGCGUUUUAGGUGCAAGCAACCAGGAGAUCAAAGAAUCUGACUCUUCUGGACUUUGAAUCCUCCGUUUUCUUGCCCAAUUCAUCUAUUAUCAACCUCAAGUUCAAACCGGUGUUCAAUUCUCUGUACAGUUUUCAUCUCCAAAACUGGCUCAAAUUCUUUUCCUUGAAGCAGAUCCUUGUAGUCGAUGGCGAUAAAUUCAGAAUUAAUCCACUGCCAGAGGUAUGGUUAUAAAAAAUCGGUUCUAAAAAAUCCAACCAAAAACAUUAGUCAAUAGCACACAAUAAGUAAUUUGCCGUAAAAAAAUAAGAAAAGUUACCGUAACCGGCUGUAUUAUAAGCUAGGGCGGACUGCAUCACCGAGUUUGCCGUGCCCGGAAACCAUUGUUUGUGAACUAGGCCAAGGACAGGAAAAAUUUGAAUACUCAUGAUUUUCGUCAUCAAAUUAGAAAACUUUGUGUAAAUUUCCAAUGACUUUUGCCUGGGUUCUCCACCUGGAGAUCAUUGCGGUUCGAAUGAGCCUAGCAAUUUCUAAAAUCGAAAUUUUUUGCAAUUUCAUUUAUUUCAUCAAAAAUGAACAAGGGGCGUGCGCAGCCGGAGGACCGAGUUCCACAGGUUUGCCAGGCAAAAAUCCAAAAAUGUUCGCUGCGUAUUAUACCGUGAAAAUUUUACCUUGGUUCGACCAAUUUCUCAUUUUGAAAAUUCCUAUAAAUACCCGAAAAAUUCCCAAUAAACUCCGGGUAUAUGUUCCGUCCGAACCCUAUCUAGAUGUAACAGAAUAUCUUAGAUAAAAAAAGUGGAGAAGUUCCUUGGUCUUCGACCCGAAAUCACAGCGGAAAACAUAAGAUUCAACACCAAUAAAGGAUUCUACUGCUUUGUGGAUGGAAAUCGGCAUGAAAAAUGUCUUGGAGAAAGGAAAGGACGACCUCAAGUGUUCGUGGAGCCACGGGUGCAGAAGAUGCUACGCAAGAAUUUCAAAAAUUUCAAUGAACAGUUCUUUCAACUCGUAAAUAAGAGAUUUCUGUGGAAGAAAAACAUAAAAUAA